CGUUUCUUGUACUUCUAGAUCGGACGUGUGUAUCUUGCCUUUCCCCUUCAUCUCCUAUCCAUCAUUUCGGAUUAUCUCUUUUUCAUCAUCGCAAUCGCCGAUUAUCAAAUUCACUUUCAUCAAAAGGCGAUCCCUAUCCGCUUUCAUUAGCAAAUCUCGGAAAAUCUACUCUUUUUUUUUCAGCUGCUUUUCGAUCCAUUUCUGGAAAUCUCUGUUUUCUCUUCCUCGAAAUCGAUACAUAUGGUGAACAUACAUUAAGAUACUGAGCGCGAUAGUAUCGCAAAGCUCCUCAAAUCUUUUCGUUUUUUGGUCUCUCUGUCAUCUCUGAACAAGAUGCCAACUGCUGCUCAAAGACAACGCGCUGCUGCGCUUGCUCAGCUUAACAAUCAACAUAAAGGACAACAUCCUCAUCGAUCACAACUUGGACAACCAUCAACAUCAAAAGAACAAUCGAAAAACACUUCUCAAAUCAGUCCAGCCCCUCCUGCUUCAUCGUCAUCAAAGAAAAAGAUUGAAGUUGAAUGGGACGAUGGUGCUUUCUCUGAUGAAGAUAGCGAAGAUGAAGAAGCCGCCGCUUUUGAGAUGGACGGUCAAGAUAUUUGGACACAGAACUACUGUUCCAUAUGUGAUACUCUCAUCGAGCCAGGUCAAGGCUUGAAUGCAAAACGAGAUGAAGUUGUACAACAAACAACCCAAAACCCUUCCCAACAAUCGCUCCAUUCUCCAACUUCUAGCAUUUCCCGAACUUCAUCGAGCGGUCUCAAAAGCAAAUCAGGCACAAUCAAAGCGCGGCCUCCCUCUUCGGAUGGUACUGGAUCCAAUGUAAAACGAACGCAUUCAGCGGGUCGAAUUCAUGCUGUCGGUGGUCAAACCGGUUUCGGACCUUCGAAAAGAACGGGAAGUGCAGGCAGUCGAUUGAAUGCACUCAGCGAAUUGAAGCCAACGACAAAAUUGAACCCAGAUAGCGGGAAGAAUACUCGUCCCGCUGAUGGCAACACAUCUGGAGUUAAGAGUCCCGCCAUGUCUAGGAGGAGCUCAACGGUCAGCGUACGUUCUGGAAACAGUGGCGGUGUAGGUGCAAAUAGCAGUGGACCCUCUUCGCCCAUGAGCCCGACAACAAACUUGCCAAGGACCAAGAAGGGCGGUAUUAUGGAUGGUCUCACGCCAGCCGCAUUGAAACAACAAGAAGACCUUGAAACUGCCAAGAGUAAAGCGCCACCAGCUCUUUAUUGCUCAGAAAGAUGCCGCACGAUCGAUGAACAACGUGGAUCGGGAAUGGGUGAAUUGGUAUACUAUUUGCAUCAACCUACAUCACCCACAGCCCCUUGGCAAACAUCUGUUUCGGGGAGCUAUGGUGCCUGGUCUUCCCGUGCAUCGAAUCCCAACAUUUCUGCUUUGGCUUUGAACCCAUCAGAAUACAGAAUCACACCUCCAGAAAGCGAAUGCAACUGCCCCGAAUGCAUGGAGAAAAACAGUACCGGUGGCACUGUACCUAGCGGAGCGAGCGAUACAACGGAAAGCUCUAAUAGCUACCAAUAUGGACCGCGGGGUUACAAGCAACGCACAACAAGUGGACGAAUCGUUACACCUCAAAAUUUGUAUCCUCCAGGAGGACAUAGGAAUGACUACUUUGGAAACGUUCAAACGGGUCUAAAUUCCAAACGCAAAAGUCAGAGCAACAGUAUACGGGACGAUUUGAACCAUUUACACACACAUCGUGAUUCCAUGAGCCAAACAGGAACGGAAAGCAGUGCCCGUAGCUCUGAUAGUGGAAGCGAUCUUUGGGAGCCGCGGGUAAGAGGCGGUAGAAUGUCGAGCACGAUGGAAGCAAGGGCAAGAGCAAAUUCAACGGCUGCAAGUGUGAUCGCUUCAGACGCAGGCAGGGGCUCAACGACGACUGGAACUGUGACGCCGGAAGGAAUGUUGAAUCGCAGUAUGGAACACCUUACUAUCACUUCCGGCUCUUCGAACGGAACUGCUGUUCGUAGUCAAAAUGGACAUCAAGUAGUAUCAGACUCGCUCAGUACAAGUCAAGCAUCAACAACGAGUCCACUACGAUUAUUGCGACACGGUGAUCAUCGUGGUAUGGCUUCAGUUGAUGUCACAUCUAAUGUUGCUACAAGUCCACAGCCACAUGCAAACACUGUUCUUUCUCGUAGUAUUGCAAGCGAGAGGACAGAAGAUGGCGCUUCCAGUGGAUUCACUGUUGCAGCACCACCUUCAACUUCGUUGCACAAUCCAUCAUUCUUGGAAAGACGCCAACCAAGCCGCACAUCAAUGGUAGAUGCGACAAUCAACGGUGAAAAUUUCCCGGCAGCAGAACUAUCAAGAGCACACUUGCAAAGAUUUACCGAUAGCCCUGCUCCAUUCGACCCUUCCAAUUCAACUUCUCGUGCCGUUGGAACACUGAAGAGCGCCCAAGCCCGUGCAGCUGCACAAAGAACGUUGUCUAGCCAAUCCCGUGAAAUUGAAGCAAAACGCAGAUCUUCUACGAAUGGAGAUUCGGGUCAAGGUGAUUCUGGAGGCAGUGGCAACAGUUGGUUUAGAAGCUCAAUUUCUGCAGCCUGGAAUACGCUACGUGGUGCUCCUCCCAGUGAUGGCAACGGUAGACGGGAUUCCACGUACGAGCCAUACUCGUACAAAAGUGAAGACAGAGGAAUGAUCACGCCGUCAGCAGAAACUUCGGAUGGCGUUCGCACUGAAGAACCUACUCCAACACAAAGUUUGAUCAAACGUCCUACCAUCAAACGUGGAGAUGUGCCUGCAUUUGCCAAUGAGAUCGGACGAGGUGGUAUUCCUGGCGAGCGUUGUGCUGAAGACAGGAAAGAGAACAGUGGAAGUGACGUUAUGGAUGACAAUGAAAGUGCCGUCUCUUUAUCCAAAUCUGUUGCAUCAACACAUGGCUUGACCGAAAGUGAACUUGCACGUAAAAAGGCUGAACGUGAACGUGCUCAUCGUCAUCAGAGAAGUAGAGAUGUUGCUGUUUUGCCACCCCUAUUGGGUGUUUCAAGGCAUUCUAGCAAUGCAAAUUUGCAAGGAGGCAUGAGAGGAAGUCGAACAUAUUCGUCUACAAGUGUAAGAAGCGAUUCUGUGCCUGAUUCACCUCUUCUGCCACCUGUUCGAUCAAAUACACCUGGCUUGCGAAGAGGCUCAUCGCAUAAUGCUUCUUUGGUCGGCUUACAAGAAUACGGUACCAGCCCCGGAAGGAUGGCGGCAGCAAGCUUUGGCACCAGUCCACGCAGAGCAGGAUUGGGCUGGGGUGCUUUGACACCUCUUGGUCCACCUGCACCAAAUAUGAUGGCAGAGCGAAGUACAGGUAGCAAUCAUUCUUCCAAUAUGGGCAGACCAACCCAUCAUUCACAUCACCCCCACCACCAUCAUCAUCACCAUACUGGACAUCAUCACCAUCACAGCGGUCGUCAAUCUUUGCAACCUUCUCACCAUCGUUCGCAAGGUGCAAUUCCAUUGGGUACGAUUGGAAUGCUUGGAAUGCAUCCUCAUGGUAAUGCGCAAAUCAAGGGAAGACAUUCUACAACCCCUGUUCGAAUGUCGACACCUCGUGUGCCAGAACAUGGUGGUGAAAUGAGCGGAGCACAGUUGAAGGGCGAAGAGAUGACAAAUGACGAUUUGAGUGGCCGUGAUUUCAUGCAAUCAAGAUCAUUAAAUCGAAGAUCCUAUUUGGUUGCUCCACCAACACGACCACAAAGUGGAAUGUCUAUGCGUGGACAAGGAUCAACGGUAAUGGUUGAUCAAUAUGGAUUCCCUUUGGGUGCUCCUUUACGACCUCCUUCACGAACUCAAACGCCGGCCAAUGCAACGGAAGAUGGACAAAGUGCUACUCCUGUGAAAUUGUACCCUGUCUUAGACGUUCCCAAUCGUCAGCCUACACAUGAUCGUUAUGAUAAUGGAUGGGCUUUAAACGAUCAAGGAUUGAUUCCUGUGGUACAAGGCAAACAAGCAGAACACAAGCCUACACAACAAAAUAAUAUCAGUAUACCCAACCGAGGUAUCUCCAAACGAGUUGAAGAACAACAACAACAACCUUCAACAGAAGAUUCAAACGACCCAUCACGUAGAAAGUUGUUCUAUUUUGACACAACAUGAUUUUGAUUUCUCUUUUUUUCUUUCAGACAUGGUUCCCAAAGCGCUUUAUAUAUAUACUCUUGUGUGCUUUAUCUCAUUUGCGUCUCUUAUUCAGACAUUGUAUACUAUCAAACAAUCAAUUCAUAUCAUACCAUG